CCAGAUCACAGUAACAUACUUACUUAACGUUCUUAGAAGUGUAAAGAGCAUUAGAAAUAGAAAACAUCAUCAUUAUUAUUGAAAAAUGGGUACAAAAAUCGAAUAUGUCGAUACAACACAUCUGUAUGCCACCAAAUACAUACGCAACUCAAAAGCCAUUGCGGUACUGUGGGCCAUAUUUACAAUUUGUUAUGCCAUCAUUGGAAUUGUGGCAUUUGUAACACCAGAAUGGGUGGGCGAUCCCGACAAUGAAAGUGCUGGUCGUUUAGGUCUGUGGCAGGUCUGUCAAAAAGAUGAAAUUUUCGACAACUGUAAAAGAAGAUGGGAAACCAUAUUAACGGUGCCAACAUUUUCAUUUCAAUUGGCCACAUUAUUUAUGGCGGCGUCCGUUGUAUUGGCCUUAUUGACAAUAUGUUUCCUAAUAUUUGUAAUAUUCAUGAAAUCGACACGAGUCUUUCAUAUUUGUGGUUGGCUGCAAAUAAUAUCUGCUCUCUGCAUGAUUAUUGCCUGUGGUGCUUUUCCCUUUGGCUGGAAUUCGGAUGAUUUUCGUAAAAUAUGUGGACCAGAUGCAAAUCGUUUCGAAUUGGGCUUAUGUGGCAUUAGAUGGGCUUAUCCUUUGGCCAUAAUUGGCUGUAUUGAUGGUGUGGUUUUAGCUACACUGGCAUUUAUAUUAGCCACCAGACAUGUACGCCUGCAACCCGAUCCACUCUAUCAAAAUUCUUUAUACAAAGGUGAAAUCAACAACAGUUACAUUACCGAUGCUGUCAGUUUAGCUGGCUCACGUAAAAAUCUCAACCUACAACCCAUUCUGUUGGUGGCACCACCCGGUGAUGAUACAAUUUCUCAAUUCUCAAGUCGAACACCGAAUCAUCAUCGAUACAAUAGACCCGAAUAUCACAAUUCCAUGCAUCAGUUCUAGUAGACUUGGUAGAUUCUCUCUACUCGUAUUAUUAUUAAAUAGUUUUAAAAUUGUGUAUUUUAACGAUAAAACAACUGCCUUUUUCUUGCAAUUAACUUGUAACGUAAUGUAAUGUAAUUUUAUUACAAACUCUAAAUGUAGAGUACUAUGUAUGUAUUUAUAUAAGUGUUGUAACAUUUUGGACUGUUAUUUAACUUUAAAACGUUUUUACGUACAUUUAUGUUUGUAUUUAUGUAUGUUUUGUAUGUAUUUAUCAAUAUUUUAUUUUUUUGUUUCUGUGUAAAGUGUAAAAUUUUUUUUGUAUUUUAAUGUAAAACGUCUAAUGAACAAAUUUUAUUAAGUCUUAUUGAGUGUUAAAGUACGAGUACAUUUAAUUUACAAUGUAAUCAAUAAGUUAAUGAAUAAAUUAUUAAUAAUUAUA